AUGUUACACAAGCGACAGGCUAGAAGUCAGUCCCUGGACACAGUAUGUUCCCUCAAGCGGUCCAACGCCAUGCACCGCCCUCAUGGAUCGCUAACUGGCCCAAUCAAGCCAGACGACAGCCUUCCAAGCCCGACCAUCGACGAAGAAGUCUACGAAGAUCCCGACACCAUCACGACGAGCCCCUUCUCCUUCUCACCCAGCGACAGCCCCACGGACUACGAGUUCGACGAACACAGCGAAGAGUCCCUAGCCGAAUGCAUAUGCCCGCCCGGCCGCAUGAACUGGGACGCCGUCGUCAACCUCCCGCUCUAUCUCCAGGUCUGGGCCGCGAAGGGCCUGACGGCCUGCGAGAUCGGCCAGAGCCUGCAUCGGUACAUGUACGGGCAGGACGCGACGCUGUCAAACCUGGUCACGACCAUGGUUGACGCCGGGAAGCCGUAUUUCGAGAUCGGCAACGCGGUGUUGCGGAACCUGGAUCUGCGCACCGACGACGACCUCCCACUCUGGUUGGAGAUCGCGGACGGGGACCGGUCGCUGACGGCGAUGCCGGAGCUGUGGAGGCUGCCGCCGGAUCAGCUGGCGGCGUUUGCGGAUUCCGUUGCUGGGUUUUCGGUCGAGAAUACGGCGAGUGAUUCCAGCGGUCCCGAGCUCUUGACGUGUCCGCAGCCCAAGCGGGUUCAGAUUGUCGAGCCGGCGGUGCUGAUUCAGUCCCGGCGGGCGAGUAUCUGCGAGGCCUCUGACGGGGAGUAA